UCAAGUUUUCGCGAAAGGACAAAUACAAAAAUAUUUUUCGCAGGGUCGACAUGUCAAUUAGUUAAUUGCUAUAACAAAAAUUGUGUAUAUUGUUUGGCCCAGAGCUUUACAAAAUGACCAAGAAAUCAGCAUUUGUUUUGAGCUUUUUGCUACUCCUUUUUUUAAAGACGACGAAGGUGCAGACAACCAGUAGUAUGGGCUCGGGAAUAUACGGGUUUCAACAAUCGUCAGGGAUUUGUCACUUAUACAACGGCACUAUUUGCCGCGAUGUCCUUAGCAAUGCCUACGUUUUUGUAUCACCGAAUCUCACUAUGAAUUCCUUGGAGGAGCGACUAAAGGCCGCAUAUGGCGUUAUUAAGGAAUCGAAAGAUAUGAAUGCAAAUUGUCGAAUGUAUGCACUGCCAAGCUUGUGCUUUAGCUCCAUGCCUAUCUGCCGAACUCCGGAGCGGACGAAUCUGUUGUAUUUUGCCAAUGUGGCUACGAACGCUAAGCAAUACAGUAAAAACUCGAAUUUUACCAUACGCCGAAAGAGGACCAAAAGCAAGGACAUGAAAAGCAUUAAUAUUUUCAAAAAGAAAUCCACCAUUUACGAAGAUGUGUUCAGCACAGAUAUUUCGAGUAAAUACCCGCCAACGAGAGAAUCCGAGAACCUGAAGCGCAUCUGUCGCGAGGAGUGCGAACUCCUUGAAAACGAACUUUGCCAAAAGGAGUAUGCCAUUGCCAAACGUCAUCCGGUUAUUGGUGUGGUUGGCGUCGAGGAUUGCCAAAGAUUGCCCCAACACAAAGAUUGCCUGUCCCUGGGCAUAACCAUUGAGGUGGACAAGACCGAGAACUGUUACUGGGAGGACGGCUCUAGCUACAGAGGAGUAGCAAACAUAUCGGUGUCCGGAAAGCCAUGCUUGAGGUGGUCCUGGCUGAUGAAGGAAAUUUCCGACUUUCCUGAGCUCAUCGGUCAGAAUUAUUGCAGAAAUCCCGGAAGUGUUGAAGACAGCCCUUGGUGCUUCGUAGACUCUUCUCAAGACCGCAUUAUAGAACCUUGUGAUAUCCCCAAAUGUGCCGAUAAGAUUUGGAUUGGCAUUAUCGGGACGACAGCAGCCACCAUAUUGAUUUUUAUAAUAAUAUUUGCCAUUAUAAUAUUUAAACGGCGGAAAAUCAUGCACUACGGAAUGAGAAAUAUUCAUAAUAUCAAUACACCCAGCGCUGAUAAGAACAUCUAUGGGAAUUCGCAGCUUAAUUCUGCACAGGAUAAUACCAGAGCCAAUUUAGGAAACUUAUCGGAUCAUGUUGCGUUGAACUCCAAGCUUAUUGAGAGAAAUACGCUAUUAAGAAUUUCGCAUUUUACACUCCAAGACGUAGAGUUCCUGGAAGAGUUGGGCGAAGGAGCUUUUGGAAAAGUCUACAAGGGUCAGCUUUUGCAGCCGAACAAAAGCACGAUAACGGUCGCAAUCAAAGCGUUGAAAGAGAACGCCUCGCUGAAGACACAGCAGGACUUUAAGCGUGAAAUCGAACUGAUAUCGGAUCUGAAGCAUCAAAACAUAGUCUGUAUAUUGGGAGUGGUGUUGAACAAGGAGCCCUACUGCAUGCUUUUCGAGUACAUGGCCAAUGGAGACUUGCACGAGUUCCUCAUCUCAAACUCACCCACUGAAGGCAAGUCCUUGUCGCAACUGGAGUUCCUGCAAAUAGCAUUGCAGAUCAGCGAGGGAAUGCAGUACUUGUCGGCACACCACUACGUUCAUCGCGACCUGGCUGCUCGAAACUGUCUGGUUAAUGAGGGAUUGAUAGUAAAAAUAUCAGAUUUUGGACUCUCAAGAGAUAUUUACAGCUCGGAUUACUAUAGGGUUCAGUCAAAGUCCUUGUUACCUGUCCGCUGGAUGCCCUCCGAAUCGAUAUUAUAUGGAAAGUUCACCACCGAAAGCGAUGUCUGGUCAUUUGGCGUCGUCCUUUGGGAGAUUUACAGCUAUGGAAUGCAGCCAUAUUACGGAUUUAGCAAUCAGGAAGUGAUAAAUUUAAUCCGCUCAAGACAACUGCUAUCCGCACCAGAAAACUGUCCCACUGCCGUCUAUUCACUGAUGAUCGAGUGCUGGCAUGAACAAUCUGUAAAGCGUCCAACAUUCACUGAUAUCUCGAACCGUCUCAAAACCUGGAACGAAAGCCAUUUUAAAACCAGUAAUCCAGAAAUGUAAACGUAUCGUACUUUCAUAUGUA